CUCUGCGGAAUGCGCACUGCACUGGUGAGUGUGCAGAACACCGGGUGUUACAUAGGGAGCGAGAUCUACUCUCACUCAGUUCUCGCUUGUGUGCUCAGGUUUCGGCAGAGUGCCUUGGGUAUCGCUUUUACCCAGUUUUUCAUUUAAAAACGCUUUCCAUUGAGACCUAAAAGACCGCUUUAACCCUUUCUCUACAAUAUUCAAGGGCUGAAUAGCUGUUUAUUACUCUCAAAGAGAGUGUUAGCCUCGAGGCGUUGACUCUGUGAGUGCACAUUCAUUUCGUCUAGGAAAAUGGCAAAAGAUGAAAAGAAGAGCGCGUGGAAAGAGUUCUUCUGGAACCCGAGGACGCGCGAGUUUUGCGGGAGGACCGCGAGCAGCUGGGGUCUGAUCCUGUUAUUUUAUCUGGCAUUCUACAUUUUCCUGGCUGGAUUAUUUGCUCUCACCAUGUACGUAAUGCUGCAGACACUCGAUGACCACAGACCAACAUACCAAGAUAGACUUUCAACUCCAGGGAUGAUGAUCAGACCUAAAGGAGACCAGUUGGAGAUCGCUUACACUGUGGAGUUCACAGAGACCUGGGAAAGAUAUGUCCAGGCCCUCAAUAACUUCCUCUCACCCUACAAUGACUCAGUCCAGGCCCAGAAGAAUUACGAGUGUAAACCGGAUCGGUACUUCAUCCAGGAGGACAGUGGCAGUUUGAAAAACUUCCCCAAGCGUUCCUGCCAGUUCAACCGCACCAUAUUGGAGGAUUGCUCUGGGCUCACAGAUCGUUAUUAUGGUUACAACGAGGGCAAGCCCUGCGUCAUCAUCAAGCUCAACCGUGUGAUAGGUCUGUUGCCUACUAAGGACGGGCAGCCUCCUUACGUCACUUGUGGCGCUAAGAAAUACAAAGUUGGGAAAGACGAGUGGGCGGAUGACUCAGAUAAACUUGGUGAACUGGCGUACUUUCCCCCCAAUGGCACCUUCAACCUUAUGUACUACCCUUACUAUGGCAAGAAAGCCCAGGUAAACUACUCUCAGCCUCUAGUGGCCAUUAAGUUCCUCAACAUCACCAUGAACGAGGAAGUAAACGUGGAGUGCAAAAUCAACUCUAAUGCGAUUCCUGAGGGCACUGAACGAGACAAGUUUGCUGGACGCGUUUCCUUCAAACUGAGGAUCAACUCCAGAGAUUAAACAGAUGAAAAUGGAGUUGGUUGUGUGAACAGGCCCAGAAACAUCACAGAACAAAACUGCAGUUCAUUCGAUAUGGCUCAAUGUUCAGUGGUUCACACAGAACUUUGAUUAAAUGUUUGAUGAACAAUAAGAGGGUGAAAUUAUAUUACCUAGUUAGUUGAAUUAAUUAUAUAAACACCUGAUACUGUAUAUGUUCAUAAGCUUAAUCUAAUGUAUUGAAAUAACAAACUUAAUAAAAAGAGCAAAUAUAUA